AAUUGUGUCGGUAAGGAGGCGCAUGCGCAGAUGACUUCACAUCAACAGUGAGUUCGACUGGGAUAUAAAACUCGCGCUGGCGGAGUCCGCUGGAAUUAGCCUACUGUGGUCUGUGGCACCGAAACUCUCCGCUUCCUCAGUGGACGCCUGAUAACUGGCUCUCAUUGCUAACGAGACACAUCUAACUGUCUUGGUAUCUUGUUGGAGUUGGAUAAGAGAUGACGGGUCCCUAGCGACGCUAAAGGGUGGCCUGAAUCUCGACCAAAGAGGAAUAACAACUGAAGACAACAUCCGAAGUUGGCAUGAAGCAGCGUGCUUCGUAACGCAUUCAAUCUAAGGAGAUUUAUGUCCAGGAUUAUAGCUCGGAUUCUCUCAAAUAUCUCCCGUAUGACUAUAUCUUAAAUAGAAGAUCCACCUGGUUCAUUUGAAGUGUUUUGGAAGACAGUUUGUGUCGUGAUGAACUCCAGGCGCACGUUGGUUCCAGCAGUGGUGCUGUCCAGCGUCCUGCUCCUUCACUUCACUCCUUUGUGUGUUAAUGGUGGCAGUUCAUUUAGCUCCAAUUCUACUGGCACUAAUUCCUCAGACCUGAAUGGGGUGGGGCUUAAGUCUGCACUUCCUGGUGAAGUCACACCUAUUGCCCAGGCCCAAAUUCACUCUCGAAAACCACGAGCUGGAGAAGAGUCAGGCAGCGGUGGAGAAACCUCAACCAGUACUGUUGAUUCAGCCAAAAGGGAACGCCUCAUUGAUCUGAUAGAUGGCAUGGCUGCCCGGCUGCCCACGCUGGCUGAACCCCGGACACAUGGCCUGUCCCAGCGGGAUUUUAGCGAGGAGAGAAUCGAGGACAGCGCCCCGCGCUGGAAGAGUGAGAGACUACAAGCAGAUGGGACGUUGUUAGAUCCUGUCACGAGUCCUGCUCCUGAGUCCACCUCUUCCCAACCAGAAGAAGUUAUCACGGUGAAUUUUUACAAUCCUUCUCACCAACAGCAUGUGCUUGAUCCUCCUGCUUGGGUUCAGGAGCUCCAGGGUGGAGAUCCAACUUCCUGGACCCUUUCUGAUUUUUAUGAUUAUCUGUCACCAGACUAUUCGCCCACUGAAGUUUACCUAGAGGAAAGCCAACCAACGCCACCUGACAUGGAAGAUGAAAAUGUUCCUCUCAUAGCCAGCGCAGUUCCCUCCAACACUAGAGUUAUCACCUCUGAUGAUGGAUCUGGAGAAACUUCACCUGGAGCAUCAGAUGUGCUCAACUCUGGUUGUCUCUAUGGAUUUGUGCAUUAUAAUGGCACAUGUAUCUCGUCAUGCGACAUCUUCCCCGGUUACUGCUUCAAUGGAGGACAGUGCUAUGUGGUUGACGGUAUUGGAGCUUUUUGCCGGUGUAACAUACAGGAGUAUAUCUGGAACAAGGGCUCCAGGUGUGAGUCGGUCAUUUCAGAUUUCCAAGUGAUGUGUAUAGCAGUGGGCGGAGCUGCCAUCAUGUUGCUCCUCCUCUUCAUGGUUGUAGUCUUUUUCUCCAAGAGGAUGCACGUGCUUAAGACUGAAAACAGACGACUUUGCAAGCACAGUAAGUUCCGCCCAAAGUCGGAGCAGCACAUCGAUAACUUCUCGCUGUCCACCGUCGCAGAGGGCUCUCAGGCAAAUGUAAGGAAAGUGUGUGACACCCCGACUAACCUCCCCCAUGCCCGUGCUUUGGCUUACUAUGAUAACAUUAUGUGUCAGGAUUGCACUUGCAAAGAAGAUCCAUGCAAAUGUCCCCCUAAAGAGGACGAGUCUUUGAACAACCAGAACUCGCUCACGCCAAAACUGGAAAACGACAAGGCCGCCACAGAAGACAAUUCAGAGGAGGGUGGUGUGACCAUCGACUUAGAGUUGCUUCUCCCCAAAGAGGCGAAAAUGCUCCCCGAGACAAGCCCCCCACUGCACUACAACGUCUUUCUCUACAAGCUCCCCAAAUCCCCUAAAAAGUCCCCCAUGCUGCGCCGGCCUCCUGGCAGAUCUGUACAGGGGAGGCCUCUGUCCCAGCUCUGCCCCAGACGCAGCUCCGAACCCAGCUACAGCCCCAUUAGCACACGUUCCCUUCCGGGAGUGCUGUCCGGCUCAUCCAGCCCUCACCUGGGCACGGCCUACACACCUUAACACUAGUACAAGCUUCAACACUGACUGAUGUACAACUAAACAAAUGGCAAAUUUAUCCCACAUGCGACUUGACCGUGACAAAUUUAAGAGACACUGAUUGCUAAUGAGCGAGAGUCUUGUGGAUGAACAAGACAUCAAUUGGGAGGCAGGUUAAAAGCAUUGGCCUUGACAGAAACAAAAGCACACAGCAGCACAAUAAAGGUUAGUAGAUGAUAAAUGGUGAGAUGAAGUAGAAUUGUUGUGCAACAGGAGUAUAAAGGGAAAAGAAGUCGAGAAAUUGUUAAUUUGGUAUUACAGACACAAACAUUGAUGUCAGAUGUGUUAUGGUGCCAAGUUUUAUGUUUUAUAUUUUGUCAAACAGCACAUUCAUAUUCAUACAUAUGCAUUCACAGAAAUGAUGGAACCUGUAAACAUUCAGGGCAAACAAACAACUUGAUAACUAUUAUUAUUAACAAGGUGCUUUUUGUGUUUUUAAUGUUAGAUUAAUACUUUCACUAAGAAUAAAGAAUUUUAGAAUUGUUUAGAUCUGACAUUGUUGUUAUUGGUUCCUUGGACAAAAUGGGGCCAUUUCUGAAAAGGCAAAAAAAGAAAAUAAAUGCAAGUUGUGGUUGCUAUUUUCCAUGGAAGCACAGAACUACACUGUGAAGGGAAAAUUCGGGGUGGAAAAAAUUUCUUGAAUUUUUCCUGAGCCUAAGUACUAAGAAAAAAUUCACAGCGAGAGAAAAAAAAAUUUGUCUCUUCAAUUUUUUCUCUACUGAAAAACUUUUCUCUUUUUUUCCUGUCAAAAGGCAACAUGAGAAAACACAAAAGCCCUGAACUUCAACAUGAAAAACAGUGUUAGUUCCUUGCUCAGCCUACAUCCUAAGAAUUUGUUCUUUACCCAAAAAAAAAUGUUUGUUCUCUCCCAAGGGAUGUAAACUGUUUUGCUGGACAAAAGGGAUGUUUACAUAGACCAACAAUUUAAAAAAACAACAACAACAUUAACGCAUAUGUAUAUAUGUAACCUGAUUUAACGAUUUGUAAAAUCUUCUUGUAUUAUUCAAUAAGAAAUCAACAAAUCAGUGUAGGCAUUAGAUUUCAUGCUCAUUAAAUUAGUGCCACUUGUGGCAUGCUAAAUGUUAGCAAGCCAUCUUUUUUUUUUCUCGUGUUGCAUCUUGAAAAAAAAAGGAAAAAUUUGCAGAGAGAACAAAGUUUUUGGUACAAAAAACUAUGAGAAAUGUGUUUUGGAAAAAAAGAUGAUUUGGACAGGCUCAGGAAGGAUCAAACAUACAUUUUGAAAAUGUGUCCUAAAAUGUUGAUGUUACCAAACACGACGUAUCAAAAUGUAAGUUCAGAGUUGUCUUGCAUUGUGAAGACUGACGGAUGUAUGCUGAUAAUCUAAACUAAUACCAUGUUCUCUAAUCAAGUCCUCUACAAAACACUUCAAUGCUAAGAGUGUUAUUCUGCUCAAGCCAAAACCAUCUUACAAAGAAAAACAGGGUCAGCUGCUCUCCCAGCGUUCACUCCAUCAAAGCAAGUCAAAAGCAAUGCAUGGCAUGCACAGACUGCUGAAGUAAAAGACUGCCUCAGAAGAGUAAAGGGCUCUUGAGCUCACUACUUAGACAAAAAGAUUUCUGACUAGCAACAAACAUGUAUUGUUAGCCAUUU